CCAUGCAAGACGAUCUUGCUGCCGCUGGCUUUGGAGAGGAGGGUGCCGCACUGGAGAUUGUGCAGAUGUACAAGUGACAGAUGGAGGAGAUCUAUACUACGCUUAUCCAGCAUCGACACAAUCUACCAGCGGAUCUUCUCGACGAGGGUGAGGAGCUGGUCGGUGGUUGGGAGGAGGACCUCUAUGCAGAUCUUCCAUCUCAACAGCUGGGCGUGAUCGAAAAUGAACAAGUGAUGGUGGAAUUGGGUGUUUGUGCUGAAAUGAUGAAGAAAGUAAAGGGAAUCUUCGAUGAACUUAGGGAGGGGUUGUAUGGGGGUGUAAGGUGUGAUGAUGUGGAGAAGUGCUGCUGCGCGGGGCCUGAGGAGGGGCAGGUGCUGCGCACUGCGAUGCAGGAUCGAUCGUGGGAAGUGGAGGUCGUGAUUCGUCGUGGGGGGCUUGAGGAGGGGCGGGGUCCUUGCGGCGAACUGUUGGAGCGUGACAACGACACAAGCACGAUCGGUAGGUAUGAUAACACCGAUUUCAGCACAAAGAGUAAUGACAUCGCCGGCGGUUACAGCUUCAACACCAAUAAGAACAACAAUGACGAUGAUAAUAAGCGUAUCGUUAAUGAUUGCGGUGAUGAUUGUUUCGAAGCAGGAGAUACUGCUUUUUUUUACGCUUUCUUUGACGCUGUCGCUGACGACAACAACAACAACACCACUAUCAACAAAAGCGGUGAGAUCAACAGAAUUCAUGAUAGUGGUGAGGACAACAACGUCGGAGAUGACUUCCUCGAACGCGGUGAUACUGCUUUCGUUGAGGUCGUCGCUGGGAACGGCAAUGACAUUUGCGAUGAUAAUGACAAUAAGCUCAACAACAAUGGUGGCAACUACGUCAUUCAUAUGACCAGGGCUAUCAACAACAAUAAUGUGGUUGGAGACAGCAUAUAUGACAAACGUCAUGAUAAUGCGCAGGCUCUCUCCCGCUCUUUCCACCUUCUCUUUUCGCUUCACUGGUCUUUCGUGAAGCCCGAUCAGGGCUUGGGGUGUGUGGGGUGGGUGAUGGGCAGGUUUGGGAUACAGAAAGAUUGUGUGGCGAAGAGGGAUACUGGAUGGAGGCGAGUAGGGGUGGGAUAGAGCUGUUAGGGAAAAUUGGGCCGCACAGGGCAGUGCGUGAAAACAUCGCUUUCUCGCGGGGUUGCGUGGUGGUAUUUGGGUUUCGUAUGGUCUUUUACUA